AUGGCUGAAUUCCCAAAGCAUCCGUUCCUCCUGACUGUGGAGGAGACGGCACAAGCUCUCAAUACCGAUAUUGAUAGAGGUCUGACUACGGCUCAAGUUACCGAGCUGCAGCAGAAAUACCCCAAAAAUGAACUGGACGUGGGUGAUACGAUCCCAUGGUACAGCAUUCUUACCAAACAAAUUCUCAAUGCCAUGAUUAUCGUUCUGGCAUUUGCCAUGGCUCUAAGCUUUGGCAUCAAAGACUACAUCGAAGGUGGUGUACUCGCCUUUGUUAUCGGCCUCAAUGUUACCAUUGGAUUCUGGCAAGAGUAUCGCGCUGAGAAGCGGAUGGAUGCCCUGCGUGCCUUGUCUUCGCCUAGUGCCAUGGUUCUCCGAGAUGGCAAAACACAAGUCAUUUCAAACCCUGACGUCGUGCCAGGAGACAUUAUUCUGCUCAAGAUGGGUGAUACCGUGCCUGCAGAUAUGCGCAUGUUUGAGGCUAUGAACCUCGCAUGUGAAGAGGGCCAGCUUACUGGCGAAUCCAUCCCCGUCGAAAAGAUUACCGAGAACAACAUUGUUACCCCAGGUACCGAAAAAGUUGCUGUUUCUGAGGACGAGAUCGGCAUUGGUGAUCGGGUUAACAUGACAUAUGCUACAACCGUUGUCCGCAAGGGCAGAGGUCGAGGUAUCGUCACAGCCACGGGCAUGACCACUGAAGUCGGCAAGAUUGCAGCUUCCACCGCCAAAAAACAGCGAAAGGCCGGUCGGUCCAUGAACUGGCGGAAAUAUGGUAAGAAGCAGCCAGUGGUUGGCCUGGCCAAACGAACAUACGACAUCAUUGGCAAGUUCCUGGGUUUGACUGAAGGCACUCCGUUGCAGCGAAAGCUGUCUGCACUAGCAUACGUACUUUUCGGCUGUGCCAUCCUCCUUGCCAUGGUUGUGUUUGGAGUCAACCAUUUCAAUUUGAGAAACGAGGUCAUCAUUUAUGCCACGUCUCUUGGCAUCGCCAUUAUUCCCGAGUCUCUAGUCGCCGUCUUGACGAUUACCAUGGUCGUGGCGGUAACAGUCAUGCGAAAGGCCAAUGUGGUAGUCCGAGAUCUCUCUGCUCUCGAAGCUCUUGGUGGUGUGACAAAUAUUUGCUCCGAUAAGACCGGUACCUUAACUGAAGGAGCCAUGAUUGUUCGCAAGGCGUGGAUACCAGCCUCACACAUCUAUACUGUUCGCGAGUCACAAAGCCCUAAUGACCCGACCAAGGGCCGUGUCACGUAUUCCCAGAGCAAAGAUGAACCGACUCCCGAAAAGGAAGAACCCAAACGGGACUAUGACAGGGAACGCAGUGCCGCCGUCCUCAAGUUUGACGUCCCCGAUGAGAAACUCAACCCCAAGCCUACAAGGAAGGAUCCCGAGGCGGAGCCUGACACGAAGAUGACGGACGAGCUUCAAGCAUUCCUAUUAUCCACUGCACUCUGCAAUCUUGCCACCGUUCGCUACGAUGAAGAGGAGGAAAGGUGGCAGACGACUGGCGAGCCCACCGAGAUUGCUCUUCAGGUUUUUGCCCAUCGGUUCAAUCAGGGCAAGAAGAGCCUUGAAUCAAGGGGUUGGAAGCAGCUUGCUGAGUUCCCAUUCGACAGUUCUAUUAAACGCAUGUCUGUUAUUUACGACGCACCUGCAGGAGCAAGCGGCUCAAUUGUGGAGAGUGACCAUAGCAUGGUUUUCACCAAGGGUGCUGUUGAACGAAUCCUGGAUUUAUGUUCCUACAUUGGCACGGGUUCUGAACAGCAGCCAAUCUCCGACGAGCUCAAAGAGGAUGUUCUUAACCAGAUGAAUACCCUCGCAUCUCAAGGUCAACGAGUUCUUGCUAUUGCUUACCGCCCAUGGGACGGUCGAUAUACCUCCAAACAGUCAUCAUCCGCUGCGGAAGAUGAAGAGCUUCGCAAGGAUGUGGAAAAAGAUCUCGUUUUACUUGGACUUGCUGGAAUUUACGACCCUCCCCGCCGUGAGACGAAGCCGUCCAUUGGAGAGUGCUCUCAGGCUGGUAUCAAGGUUCAUAUGCUUACUGGUGACCACCCUGAAACGGCCAAGGCAAUUGCCAAGGAGGUCGGCAUCAUUCCCAAGAACCUUGGCGUUCUUCCCGAGAAGGUUGCCCAGUCUAUUGUUCAGAAAGCGACCGAUUUUGACAAGAUGACUGACGAGGAAAUUGACGCUCUCGAGGAGCUUCCUCUUGUCAUUGCUCGUUGUGCCCCCGACACAAAGACUCGUAUGAUUGAGGCGCUCCGACGACGGGGUGCUUUCAUGGCUAUGACUGGCGAUGGUGUCAACGAUGCCCCUUCUCUGUCUCGUGCGGACGUCGGUAUCGCCAUGGGCUCUGGCUCAGAUGUCGCCAAGUCUGCCUCCAAGAUUGUGCUGACUGACGACAAAUUCAACUCUAUUGUUGCUGCUAUCCGCGAAGGUCGUCGAAUGUUUGACAAUAUUCAGAAGUUUGUUCUGCAUCUUCUCACCUCUAACGUCGGUGAGGUCAUUCUCCUGAUCGCUGGUCUUGGCUUUGUAGAUCACACAGGAUUCUCUGUCUUCCCAGUCUCGCCUCUGCAGAUUAUCUGGAUCAACAUGGUUACGUCUUCCUUCCCUGCUUUUGGUCUAGGUCGGGAGGCUGCUGCUGCCGACGUGAUGCGCAAACCUCCUCAGGACAAGCGCCGUGGUGUGUUCACGAACCAGAUUAUCGUCGAUAUGAUCGUUUACGGUAUCAUCAUGGGCGCAUGCACAAUGUGCACCUUUGUGAUCAUCAUCUAUGGUGCCAACAAUGGCGACCUUGGAGAAAACUGCAACACAGAAUACACCGAUGUUUGCAAUGCCGUCUUCAGGGCACGCGCGGCCACGUUUGCCGAGUUAACGUGGCUGAUUCUUAUCUCAGCCUGGGAGUUCAAGAGUCUGCGGCGAUCCAUGUUCCAUCUCAACCCUGACGAUGAUAGCCGAUUCCCCGUCUUCAAGGACCUGUACAGCAACCGCUUCCUCUUUUGGUCUGUCAUUCUCGGAGGGUUAUCCGUGUUCCCCGUCGUGUAUAUCCCUUUCCUCAACACCAAGUUCUUCAAGCACAAGGGUAUUUCGUGGGAAUGGGCUUUGUCUAUUGGUUUCACAAUGAUCUUUGUUGCUGGAAUCGAAUUAUGGAAAUUCAUUAAGCGGCGCUUCCGCUUGCUCGAAGAUCGUCCAGUUCAGCGAGGCUCAUGGGGCCAGGGAGGACCCGAUGACCAAGGCCCUAAGUUCCGCAAGACCAUGUCAAUGUCGAGCUUCAAGACUUGGGCAUCGUUCUCCCGAAAGGACACCGGCGACUCUGUAUCCCGGUACAGCUCCUCGCGUGGCAACCAAGGCGCUGUCCAAGGAACUGAACAGGUAUAA